CGGCGCGUGCGUGGCGGAGGGCCUUCCCCCUUCUUCCACUCACCCGCUCUCUCGCGCGCGCUCUCUCUCUCUCUCCUCUUUUUCCCCCUCCCUCCCUUCCUUCUUUCCCUCACACACACGCGGGCGCGCGCACGCGGCCUCCUCCUCCUCCCGGCCUUUCUCCCCGCAACCUACCCGGGCGGCUUCAUCGUCGUCGUCGUCGUCGCCCUUCCCUCCGCCUCCCAGCCGGCCGCCAUGGCGAACGUAGCCGACACGAAGCUGUACGACAUCCUCGGAGUCCCGCCGGGGGCCUCGGACAACGAGCUCAAGAAGGCAUACCGGAAGCUUGCCAAGGAGUACCACCCUGAUAAGAAUCCAAAUGCAGGUGACAAGUUCAAAGAAAUAAGCUUUGCCUAUGAAGUUCUCUCAAAUCCAGAGAAACGCGAAUUGUAUGACCGGUAUGGAGAACAAGGCCUCCGAGAAGGUAGUGGUGGAGGUGGAGGAAUGGACGAUAUUUUCUCCCACAUAUUUGGUGGGGGACUGUUCAGUUUCAUGGGUAGUCAGAGUAGAAGUCGCAACGGAAGAAGAAGAGGUGAAGAUAUGAUGCAUCCACUCAAAGUUUCUUUAGAAGAUCUUUAUAAUGGAAAGACUACCAAACUACAACUUAGCAAGAAUGUCCUUUGUAGUUCAUGUAACGGCCAAGGGGGUAAAUCUGGAGCAGUUCAGAAGUGUGCGGCUUGCCGAGGCAGAGGUGUGCGUAUCAUGAUCAGGCAGCUGGCUCCUGGGAUGGUUCAGCAGAUGCAGUCUGUCUGCUCCGACUGCAAUGGAGAAGGGGAAGUAAUUAAUGAAAAAGAUCGCUGUAAAAAAUGUGAAGGGAAGAAGGUGAUCAAAGAAGUGAAGAUCCUUGAAGUCCAUGUAGAUAAAGGCAUGAAGCACGGGCAGAGAAUCACCUUUACUGGAGAGGCCGAUCAAGCCCCCGGAGUGGAGCCAGGCGACAUCGUUCUCCUGCUUCAGGAAAAGGAGCAUGAGGUGUUCCAAAGAGAUGGGAAUGACUUGCACAUGACGCACAAAAUAGGACUUGUUGAAGCACUGUGUGGCUUUCAGUUCACAUUUAAGCACCUUGACGGACGUCAAAUUGUGGUGAAAUACCCCCCAGGAAAAGUAAUUGAACCAGGCUGUGUCCGUGUUGUUCGGGGGGAAGGAAUGCCACAGUACCGCAAUCCCUUUGAAAAGGGAGAUCUUUAUAUAAAGUUUGACGUGCAUUUUCCUGAAAACAACUGGAUUAGCCCAGAAAAGCUUACAGAACUUGAAGAUCUUCUGCCUGCCAGACCAGAAAUCUCCAACAUAAUUAGUGAUGCAGAGGAGGUAGAACUUCAAGAAUUUGAUACCACUCGUGGUUCAGGUGGCGGCCAGAGGCGUGAAGCUUACAACGAUAGUUCUGAUGACGAAAGCGGCCAUCAUGGACCUGGGGUGCAGUGUGCCCAUCAGUAAAAGUUUUGUCUGGGGGUGGGGGCGGGGGGAAGUUACACAUGGAUUUUUCUCUUCAAAUUUUGCCUGACUUGUUUCCAGCAAUCCAGUUGGAUUGUGUGAGCAAUCCACACGAACCCGAUGGACAUCUGUUGCUAUAUGUGUAACUUUUAAAUUGGUCCAUAGUAUCUACAGAGUGUAUAAUUUAAACUAACCACACAAAAAAGCUUUUUUUUUCUACUGUUCUGUAGCAGAAUAAAGGCACUUGAAAGGAAGAUGAGAUUCUCUCCUUUUCACCUGGGUUAAGUUUCAGUCCUUGUACUUGUGCUUGAUUUUUACCAGUUUUUGUGUAGAUUUUAAGUUCUAUAUUUUAAAAAUUCAAAUUCUACAUUGUAAAGUUUUUGUGUAAAACUUUGUCCCGAGGCUUGGUAUUUGGCUGCACCUGCAUAAGCUGCUACAAUAGAAUAAAGAAUUUCAUAGCCUGUAUCUAUCACUUUAGAUGCAUGGUAAGUUAUUGGACUUGGCACACAGUGGGGUUAGAACUGAUGGGGAACCAUGGAAGAGAGAGAGAAAAAAUGAGAAGUGGUUGUAAAAGUUUUUUACCAUCUUGUGAAAGGUUUCUGAAACUAAAUAAAAGCCGUUGGUGUAUGAUGAUA